CCCUUGUGACAGGAAGUGAAUCCCGGAAGUAAGCGCUCAUUGAAACAUCACGUCAAAAGCGAAUCGAGCGUCAAAUUAAAGGAAUUAAACGCGUACGAUUCAUCAUGAGGAAUCAUCAUCGAUGACUUUAAUGGGAAUAUGUGAGGAUGCUGCAGUGGUCAGACAUGAGAAUAUUAGUGUGAGGUGUUUUAAACGAUGUUGCUGCGCGGGUUUAGACUGACGUGUGUGCAUCAGGUUUGAUUGACAGCUGAGCUCCUCUCCCGUCUCUUCUCCACGUCUGUCCUCCGAGCAGCAUGUUCUGCUCGUGUGUGUGAUGCAGUAAGAUGUUUCCUAAGACCUCUGUGACGAGUCUGAUCGUGGGGGUCUUCCUCCUGUAUGUGCUGCACACGUGCUGGGUCAUGUUCGGGAUCGUGUACACCAAACCCUGCGAGAAACCCCAGAGUGACAGCUGCAUCUCUCCUUACCUGGCCGGGAGACCUCGCCUGCAGCUAAGUGUCUACACUGCAUUACGACCCAAUGCUGACGGCGGACACAGCCUGAUCCACAGAGAGGAAGAGUUUGAUGUCAACACCAGGUUUGAAAGGUUAGUCAAUGUGUCUGUGCCGAAGAAGACCCGCAAGAACGGCACGCUGUAUGCCAUGGUGUUCCUGCAUCAGGCAGGGGUCUCUCCGUGGCAGGAUCCUCACCAGGUGCAUCUAGUCACACAGCUGACCACAUACAUGCUGCCCAAACCUCCGGAGAUCAGCCUGAUCACGGGGCAGGACGAGCCGCAGAAACCGGAGCAGCUAAAACAAAGCGGCGGCUCGGAGCAGGACCGGCCCGUUUCUCACUGGCGUUCCCGUCUGACCGUGAACGUGGUGUCUGAGAACUUCCUGUUUGACCGAGAGGCUCUUCCUGGAGACGUGCACCGCUACAUGAAAGUAUAUCAGAGCGGGAAGAAGAUGGUUUACCUGCCGCUGCUGUUUGUAGAUGAGCUGAGCAACCGAGUGAAGGAUUUAAUGGAGAUCAACAGCAGCACGACUGAGCUUCCUCUGACCAUCUCAUACGACUCCAUCGCUCUCGGGAAACUGCGCUUCUGGAUCCACAUGCAGGACGCCGUUUAUUCACUUCAGCAGUUCGGCUUCACUGAAAAGGAUGCUGAUGAAAUCAAGGGGAUAUUUGUGGACACCAAUCUAUAUUUCCUCGCACUCACCUUUUUCGUGGCCGCCUUCCAUCUUUUGUUUGAUUUUCUGGCUUUCAAAAACGACAUCAGUUUCUGGAAACAAAAGAAGAGCAUGGUGGGGAUGUCCAGCAAAGCAGUGCUCUGGAGGUGUUUCAGCACCAUCGUGAUCUUCCUCUAUCUGUGGGAUGAGCAGACCAGUCUUCUGGUUCUGGUUCCUGCUGGGAUCGGCUCUCUGAUCGAGGUGUGGAAAGUGAAGAAAGCGUUAAAAAUCCACGUCAUAUGGAGAGGCUUGACUCCCACAUUCCUGUUCGGGAAGCUGGAUGAAUCAGAGAAACGAACCGAGGAAUACGACACACUGGCCAUGAAGUAUCUGUCCUAUCUGCUGUAUCCUCUGUGUAUCGCCGGAGCCGUUUACUCUCUUGUGUUUGUCAAGUACAAAAGCUGGUACUCCUGGAUUAUUAACAGUUUUGUCAAUGGGGUGUAUGCCUUUGGAUUCCUCUUCAUGCUGCCUCAACUCUUUGUGAAUUACAAGCUGAAAUCAGUCGCUCAUCUGCCCUGGAAAGCCUUCAUGUACAAGGCUUUUAAUACGUUUAUCGAUGACGUCUUUGCAUUCAUCAUCACGAUGCCCACGUCGCAUCGGUUAGCGUGUUUCAGAGAUGACGUGGUGUUCCUGGUAUACCUCUAUCAGAGAUGGCUCUAUCCAGUGGAUAAAACCAGAGUGAACGAGUACGGUGUGUCUUACGACGAAAAGCCCAAAGGAAAAUCCCAUAAAGACUGACAUCCUCACAACAGAACAGCUCGGCAUUAUCAGAUUCAAUAAGAAAAGGACAAUACUGCAUUUGUAUCUCAGAGAAAUUGAACAGGCUUCUCGCUGUUGACUCGACUGGCUGCAAUAUCUCCUUCAAUUAUAAGACAAGAAGUAAAUCUAUGAAAAGCUUGGUUUAAUUUUACAGAAUGUAUUUCGAUGGGACCUUUAAUUCAGUCUCAGAUAGUGUUUUGAAACUAAGACCGUAUCUCAAGGGUGCCAAAAGACCAGAGUUUCAGAUUAAAGACGUGAUUUGUUUUGAAUUUGGAUUCCUUUUAGGAACAUGAUUGUUUGCUUGCGUGUUCAGAGAGAAAGAUGUAUGUUUGUUUUUGUGUUUCAUUCCAAUUAAAAGUGUUUUUGUGAUUCAACUGCUUAAUUACAGAGGCUUAAUUAAAAAGUUUAUGCCUUCUA